AUGGGCAACCUCUGCGGCAAGGUCGACUCGGACGCCUUUGAACAGCCCGGGCGCGUUCUCGGAAGCGCAGACGCGGUGCUGAUCCCCGGACAGCCGCGCACUGCCGCCGUUCCACCGCAGGCUACUUUGAACCGCGUCGGCGGUCCACCACGGACGCUGGGGGGCGAAGGCAGCUCCGGUGCAGCAGAUGACGUGCGCAGGAAGGCAGCAGAAGCAGCUGAGGCCCGAAAUGCACCCAAAAGCACCGGCAAGCUCGGCAGCAAGCUCGAUGCUCAGCGCAAGGAAAGCCGGAUGGACACGCUGAAGAAAGCCAGCGCGGAUGAAGUGCGACGACGCGAGAUGGAUGCGGCCGCCCAGGCAACAAGCCACAAUUGA